AUGAGGACGGAUCAAAAUACUUUGAUAUUGAAUAUUGUGAGUGGAAGCCUGCAUAUUGGAAAUCUGGUGAUUUUGAGUGUUUCGGCGAGUGAAUAUUUGCCGCAGCUGGGGUUGAAAGAGUCAGCAUCUGGCAUGCUGUAUAGCAUAAAUAAAAAGGCAUUCGGUGCGAGAGAAGCUAGAUCUGCUAACUUUCUCUCCCUAUGGAAUUUUAUUUAAUACCUAUGAACGCAAUAUCAUGGAGACUCAUCAGAAAAUAGAGAGCUCUGAUCCAAGGUAAUUAGGAGGCAUAAAUUUUUGCUGCUGGAUAUUCCCGAAGAAGGAGACCAUUAGGUGGAACAAACGCCGGAGUCAAAUUGGGGAAAUGCAAGGCAAUUCUUCAAUGAUAUUAGAGACUAGUCACCACUUGCUCAGGAUAUUCCUUCGACCCGAUAAGACGGGUGACGUAGGAAAUGCCCGCUGGUAUCUUAUUGGAAUGAGUCCAUCCUUAGAUCCGGACGAAAAAAUUAAACACUCUAAGUAAUUAAUUUUAAACAUAAGGCAGCAAUAUAGCAUUAAUUGGGCAGGAGCUUUGUUCUCAUUGUUUUUGUUCAGCUGAUGAAGCAAUUUUGGGUAUGCUUACCCAUCAUACACUUCAGCAAUACUUGCUAUGCUCGGGAACUUUCUUAACUCUUUAGCUUUCCAGCAUGGCUAUGAGUUAGCUUAUAUAGGAAGGUAUCGCUUACUCUUCCAUUAAAAUACUUCUGUUUUAAUCCUAAUUUUUCUAGCAAAAAAAGAAAUUAUUUAAAAAUGAGUUAGUGCAGAUUUUUAUUUGGAUUAGGAACUCCUAGAGUUUUGAACCGAAGAUAUAUCGGAGACCAUACCCAAUCAAGUGAAAGAACUAAAUGGGCAACUUAUUAUGUUGCUGGCUGCUUAUUAUUUUCAUCCAUAAGCUCCUAUGCACUAGGAUGGAUGAAUUUUGAAGCAGAAAAUUUUGGCUUAAUAGUAAACAAACACACAUCUCCAGGAUAUAUCAUGGCAGCAGUAUGGCUUAUCUAUAUUUUUGCUAUAUAUAUAAAAUGGAGGACAGCGAUAACCUUUCCUGUCAUGGUAACUGCGACUCAUGUGUCCUCUUAUGGACGGUAACUCGCGCAUAUCCUGGCAUGUCUUUUGGAGCCUCGAAUUGGCCUAACAAUAUCAGGAAGCCUUAAAGCGUAAGGUCUAAGCUCGAUUUCGUUGGAUUGUGGUCGAUCCCAUGGGCAGUUAAUCGCGAAUCCUUUUUGCCAGCAGCGCCCAGGCCCAAAAUGGAGCAAGGAUGACUUACCUAAUCGAUGUAUAGUGGUGGCGAGCCGCUAAUCGUGGAAGCGUUUAAGUCUUUUAUCAAGAUCACCUGGAUGGGAAGGAGCAGAGUUAGGCGACGAAAAGACAGUCUUUCCGAUUGAAAAAUCGCCCUCCAGAGGACGGACCUGACGCUAAAGGAACAGAGUUGGCGUAAGCUUGGGCAACACACUAAGUUGGAAGUGGAGACAGUCAUCUGGGCCAGUGAAUUGCCUUAUGACUUUUCUCUACCGAGAAACCGGGGGUUUCGGCCCCGGAUUCGAACGGCUAUGCUCUACCAGACCGCAGAACGCCGAACUAGCGAAGCAGAGACCUCAAAGUCCCAUUCAAGUUCAAUCUAAUCUAUAUUUUUGCUAUGGCUCUUAUGUUUAAAGAGCCAGCUGACAAAAGCUCUUCUUCAUCACCUAUCAAAAGUGACCAAUCUUCGCUACUAUUUGCAGGAUAUGGACUCUGGGCUGCCUUUUUAUCAAAACUUAUGAUGGAUUAUUUAGUUCUUUCUGCCCCUUUGGUGCUUGUGCACACAUGGAAUUGGGAAAAUAAAUCAGUUGGAACCUUUUUUGGAUUUGCGUAUUUAGCUGUAUUUUUUAUUCAAUUAUAUUUAGCUAAUUAUAGCAGAGGGUCACAAGAAACCAGACUUUUGGUGCUUGGAAUAGGGGUUGCAGGGAUUGGUGGAAGUAUGAUUAGCUCUUUGUGGUAUUCCUCUCUAAUACAAUACUUAGUUGGGGCUAUUGUGCUGCUAUCAGGGACUAAUUUCACUGAUGGGGUCACCACUUCUUUUCUAUCAAAAUGCUUGCCGCCAAGCUAUUCGACUGGAAUUUUAAAUGCAGGAUUUCUUGUAACUCUUUGUGGGACUUUAGGGAGAAUCGCUGCAGGGCUGAUAAUUGCUUAUAUUGACCAAGGAAAUUAUGACUUGCUAAAUUUGCUGAUGUUUCCUAUGAUGGUGUGCUGUGUAGCGACUAUGUUUUUGUUUAGGAAUAAUAGCAGAGAUUUAGAAGGUAAAAUAGAUUAA